CUGGGGAGUGGGAAUCCCUGCCCUGAGCGCGCGCCCAGGCAGGGCGUGUGAGCGCGCGCGUCCCAGGCUAGGUUCUAGCGGCCCUCCCCCACGGUUCCCGGGGCCGCCCUCGGUCACGUGACCGACGGAACCGACAGGUAACUCGCCCAGAGAGGGCGGGUCUCAGCAGCGCCCACUGCGCCAGCCGGGCCGCAGGUGCCGCCCCCGACACACGGUGUCCCGCCCAACCUGAUCCGCGUCUGCCGUCGGUCGGUGCGUGCGUGCACCUCGUCCGUCCGCGUGUAUCUGGCCGAGCGCCCCCUUCCUCUGCGGCCAUGACUCCGCCGCCACCCCAGCCACCGCCCCCGGGCCCGAACCCCGCCUCAGACUCCGCCGCCGCCCCCGUCCCCGGGCCUGGACCCCUGGUCGUACUGUUCGGGGCCACGGCUGGUGCGCUGGGGCCGGACCUGGGCUCCGACGAGACCGACUUAAUCCUCCUAGUCUGGCAAGUGGUGGAGCCGCGGAGCCGCCAGGUGGGGACGUUGCACAAAUCACUGGUUCGCGCCGAGGCGGCUGCACUGAGCUCGCAGUGCCGCGAGGCGAGCGGCCUGAGCACCGACAGUCUGGCGCGGGCCGAGCCACUGGACAAGGUGCUGCAGCAGUUCUCACAGCUGGUGAGUGGGGAUGUGGCUCUGCUGGGCGGGGGCCCCUACGUGCUCUGCACUGAUGGGCAGCAGCUGCUGCGACAGGUCCUGCACCCUGAGGCCUCCAGGAAGAACCUGGUGCUCCCCGACACCUUCUUCUCCUUCUACGACCUCCGCAGAGAGUUCCAUGUGCAGCACCCGAGUGCCCACCCUGCCAGGGACCUCACUGUGGCCACCAUGGCACAGGACUUGGGGCUGGAGACAGAUGCCACAGAGGAUGAUUUUGGGGUCUGGGAAGUGAAGACAAUGGUAGCUGUCAUCCUCCACCUGACUGAAGGGCCCAGUGGUCAAUUGUUUUCGAAGCCUGAGGUGGUAAAGCAGAAAUACGAGACAGGGCCUUGCAGCAAGGCAGACGUGGUGGACAGUGAGACUGUGGUUCGGGCUCGUGGGCUGCCCUGGCAGUCAUCAGACCAGGAUGUGGCUCGCUUUUUCAAAGGUCUCAACAUUGCCAGGGGUGGUGUAGCACUCUGCCUCAACGCCCAGGGCCGCAGAAAUGGUGAGGCCCUCAUCCGCUUUGUGGACAGCGAGCAGCGGGACCUAGCGCUGCAGAGACACAAGCACCACAUGGGUGUCCGCUAUAUUGAGGUAUAUAAAGCAACAGGAGAAGAGUUUGUAAAGAUCGCAGGGGGCACAUCACUAGAAGUGGCUCGUUUCCUGUCACGGGAAGACCAAGUGAUCCUGCGGUUGCGGGGACUGCCCUUCUCUGCUGGGCCAGCAGACGUGCUAGGCUUCCUGGGGCCAGAGUGCCCAGUGACUGAGGGUGCCGAUGGGCUGCUCUUUGUGCGCCACCCUGACGGCCGGCCCACUGGUGAUGCCUUUGCCCUCUUUGCCUGUGAGGAACUGGCACAGGCUGCACUGCGCAGGCACAAGGGCAUGCUGGGUAAGCGAUACAUUGAACUCUUCCGGAGUACUGCAGCUGAGGUGCAGCAGGUCCUGAACCGCUAUGCAUCCAGCCCACUCCUUCCCACAGUGACUGCUCCACUGCUGCCCAUCCCCUUCCCACUGGCAGCUGGGACCGGGAGAGACUGUGUACGCCUUCGAGGCCUGCCCUAUACAGCCACCAUUGAAGACAUCCUAAGCUUUCUCGGGGAGGCAGCAGCUGACAUCCGGCCCCAGGGUGUGCACAUGGUGCUCAACCAGCAGGGCCGGCCAUCAGGCGAUGCCUUCAUCCAGAUGACAUCAGCAGAGCGGGCCCUAGCUGCUGCUCAGCGUUGCCAUAAGAAAGUCAUGAAAGAACGCUACGUGGAGGUGGUCCCCUGCUCCACGGAGGAGAUGAGCCGUGUGCUGAUGGGCGGCACCUUGGGCCGCAGUGGCAUGUCCCCUCCACCCUGCAAGCUGCCUUGUCUCUCACCACCUGCCUACGCCACCUUCCAGGCCACCCCAACACUCAUUCCCACCGAGACAGCAGCUCUGUAUCCCUCUUCAGCACUGCUCCCUGCUGCCAGGGUGCCUGCUGCCCCCACCCCCGUUGCCUAUUACCCAGGGCCAGCCACUCAACUCUACAUGAACUACACAGCUUACUACCCCAGCCCCCCCGUUUCUCCCACCACUGUGGGCUACCUCACCACACCCCCUGCUGCCCUGGCCUCUGCUCCCACCUCAGUGUUGUCCCAGCCGGGAGCUCUGGUCCGUAUGCAGGGUGUCCCAUAUACAACUGGUAUGAAGGAUCUGCUCAGCGUCUUCCAAGCCUACCAGCUAGCCCCUGAUGACUACACCAGUCUGAUGCCUGUUGGUGACCCGCCUCGCACUGUGCUACAGGCCCCCAAAGAGUGGGUGUGUUUGUAGGUGAGGAAGCCAGGAGGUAAGAGCUGGCUGAUGUCCUCAGCUAACAUGUCUCCUGCGUCCAGAGAACCAGCGCUCUCAACCUGGUGGCUUCUUUCUGGCUUGUCAGAGCUCUCAGAAGGCACCCAGAGGAGCUCAAGCCCCAGCUCCAUCCCUCACUUAUUGCUCUGCCUGUUCACCCCAAAGAUGAUGGCUGGACCCUGCAUGCAGGGCGGGGGCUAGAAUGGCACUACCCUGCUCCUGAUGGCCUGAUCUGGGCCUCCUGAGUAGCACCCAGAGAGCCUUUGGUCUUGUUCUGGCUAUGGCCCAUGCCCACAGAUUGUGUGGGGCUGACAUCCACAGCAGGCUUGCUUUCUUUUUAAAAAUAUAAGCCCUGAUGCCUUCAAUGUAUGACUCUUGGGAGCUUCUGAGUAAAGAUCCCAAUGUUCUACCUUCCCCUGUCCCUUCUGGUGGGGGGCAAGGAGGCAGAGAGCACUGGUCUCAGCCCCCAGGAUACUUGGACCUCAGAGGCCACGUUGUGCCAGGGGAGCUAGCCCCUCUCCAGUUUGGCACAAGGAAUAUCAGAUGGCAAAAUCACAGGCUGUUUUUGAUGGACUGUACUGCAGUUCCCCAGAGGACACUAGGGGGCAGGAGGCCCUCACACAAAAACUCAGGCUUGAAUUUUAAAAGGGGACUUGAUGCCUACUUUUUAUGCACACCUUGGGCAGGCCAAUUGUCCUGAACUCAGCAGACACUAUGGAAUGUCCUUUGCACCCAUUAGAGGGUGCAGAACUGAAGCUUCGGAAGGAAUUUGGAAUUCUACCUUCUCCUCUGUAAAAUAAACAAAGGUUCCUAACCAAGUAGACUUUUUAAAAGCCAAAGUGCCCUUGGCUUUGGCCCCCCCCCCAAGUGAGGGGCUCCACACCAGCCCCAGACGGAGGAAAACUCAGGCAGAUUUCAAGAAGACUGUUGACCUGUCACCAUUUAUUAUUUCAGCACUGUAACUGAGGAGCCUGAAUUGCUGGCUCUUCCCUUUGUAUUCGUGUAAGGAGCACUGUCCUCCUCUAAAAGGUUUUAAAAUACAAAAUGUACAAGCAAACACAAUCCCAAGUGCUGUAAACAUAACUGAGAACCAGUUCCUUAACUGAACAUCCGUUUUAUAAAAUACAAGGUUUCAACUUGA